AUGAUCGACUUCCUUGGGCGCCCACCGUAUGCGUUUGCCAUUCUCUCACAUACGUGGAAUAGCGAAGAAGUUACCUUCCAGGCUUUCCACCACCAUGCCACGCGCGCCGUAGCCAAAGGCUGGACUAAGAUCGAGCAGACGUGCCUUGAAGCCCAGCGGUGCGGCUUCAAUUAUGUUUGGAUCGACUCAUGCUGUAUAGACAAAACCAACAAUGCUGAGCUGACCGAGUCCAUCAACUCCAUGUUUCAGUGGUAUAGCGAUGCUGCCCUCUGUUUAGUCUACCUGUCCGAUUACGAUAAUUCCGCCUCCUCGAGCGACCGGAACGCAAUGUUGCGCGGUGCCCGCUGGUUUAAGCGCGGAUGGACACUGCAGGAAAUUGUAGCGUCGCGAACCGUACACUUCUACGACCAUGCCUGGCGUUGCUUCGGCACGCAAGAAACACUACGAGACGAGCUGGCGUCCAUUACGGGCAUCGACGCAGGCUUCCUUUCGCCGCCGCAGCAGCCAGGGGCUUUGGAAAUCCGUGACCUUCUCGACGCUUUACCAGUUGGUCGACGCAUGGCGUGGGCUGCAGGCCGACAGACCACCAAACCCGAAGACAUGGCGUAUUGUUUAAUCGGGCUGUUCGAUGUCAGCAUGCCCAUGCUGUAUGGCGAGGGUGCUGAGAAGGCAUUCUUUCGCCUACAAGAAGAGAUUAUUCAUAACAGCAACGACCUUAGUCUCUUCGCGUGGACGGCAGCUAACGGAUCAUCCACCUAUCGCGGCAUACUGGCUCGCAGCCCGGACGAGUUCGCGAGCCUUGGCAAUCUUGUGCUCGAGCAGGACCUCAGGUUCAACCCAGACUAUUCGAUGUCGAAUAAAGGCCUGCGGAUUGUCACCUUCCUGAAACCCACUGAAGACUCAGAAGAUGUCAUCAUGCCGCUACAUUGUUACACUGCUGAAGUUCAAGGAAAGAGAAAAGUACACCUCGGAGUAAUUCUCAAACAUGAAGGCGCCAGUUCAUAUGUUCGCGCAAGACCUCAUAUGCUUGGCGAGUUGAUAACGCCGACUUCCACCGCCGGUGGGAAUAGUAUCUUCGUCGCCAAAUAUGUGCGGAAGGCGGUCGCCACUGGCACACUCAACGGCGCCAGCAGGACUCCUAAUGCCUUCUACUUCACCAUCCCAAGCGUCAACGCUCCGAUCCGGUCCAAGCGCCACAAGACCGUGAGGCUGCUCGAAGUCGAGCCUAGGGAGCUCUGGGAUGCCCAGAACAACGUCUUUCUUACGCGUGGUUUGCGGAACUUUACCGCAUUUCUCAGGUUCCACGUAAACUCAGACGUAAGUUCAGACCGCACGGGCGAGAUCGUGUUGAUAUGUGGCUUUGCUGAGAAUGUCUCCCCGUGGGUCUUGUUGGACGACCAAUUUGGCGAGCUGUUUCGGGCUGCACUACACAAGGACUUUCAGACGAUGGGCAAGAUCGGUGUGAAAGGACUAAGCUUUAGAAAUCGGAGCCAAACCAUGUAUGCGGUCACUUCUGGUGCUGGUGGAAGGUCAAGACUUGUGAAGGUCCAUCUGCAGUGUGAUCAGGCGGUCCACAACAAAGAAUUGACUUUGAAGUUGGACCUCGAAUUCCACUAA